AUGGCCUCGGGCGACACCCUCUACAUCGCCACGGACGGCUCGGAGAUGCCGGCCGAGAUCGUGGAGCUGCACGAGAUCGAGGUGGAGACCAUCCCGGUGGAGACCAUCGAGACCACAGUGGUGGGCGAGGAGGAGGAGGAGGACGACGACGACGAGGACGGCGGCGGUGGCGACCACGGCGGCGGGGGCGGCCACGGGCACGCCGGCCACCACCACCACCACCAUCACCACCACCACCACCCGCCCAUGAUCGCUCUGCAGCCGCUGGUCACCGACGACCCGACCCAGGUGCACCACCACCAGGAGGUGAUCCUGGUGCAGACGCGCGAGGAGGUGGUGGGCGGCGACGACUCGGACGGGCUGCGCGCCGAGGACGGCUUCGAAGAUCAGAUCCUCAUCCCGGUGCCCGCGCCGGCCGGCGGCGACGACGACUACAUUGAACAGACGCUGGUCACCGUGGCGGCGGCCGGCAAGAGCGGCGGCGGCGGCUCGUCGUCGUCAGGAGGCGGCCGCGUCAAGAAGGGCGGCGGCAAGAAGAGCGGCAAGAAGAGUUACCUCAGCGGCGGGGCCGGCGCGGCGGGCGGCGGCGGCGCCGACCCGGGCAACAAGAAGUGGGAGCAGAAGCAGGUGCAGAUCAAGACCCUGGAGGGCGAGUUCUCGGUCACCAUGUGGUCCUCAGAUGAAAAAAAAGAUAUUGACCAUGAGACAGUGGUUGAAGAACAGAUCAUUGGCGAGAACUCACCUCCUGAUUAUUCAGAAUAUAUGACAGGAAAGAAACUUCCUCCUGGAGGAAUACCUGGCAUUGACCUCUCAGAUCCCAAACAACUGGCAGAAUUUGCUAGAAUGAAGCCAAGAAAAAUUAAAGAAGAUGAUGCUCCAAGAACAAUAGCUUGCCCUCAUAAAGGCUGCACAAAGAUGUUCAGGGAUAACUCGGCCAUGAGAAAACAUCUGCACACCCACGGUCCCAGAGUCCACGUCUGUGCAGAAUGUGGCAAAGCUUUUGUUGAGAGUUCAAAACUAAAACGACACCAACUGGUUCAUACUGGAGAGAAGCCCUUUCAGUGCACGUUCGAAGGCUGUGGGAAACGCUUUUCACUGGACUUCAAUUUGCGCACACAUGUGCGAAUCCAUACCGGAGACAGGCCCUAUGUGUGCCCCUUCGAUGGUUGUAAUAAGAAGUUUGCUCAGUCAACUAACCUGAAAUCUCACAUCUUAACACAUGCUAAGGCCAAAAACAACCAGUGAAAAGAAGAGAGAAGACCCUUCUCGACCACGGGAAGCAUCUUCCAGAAGUGUGAUUGGGAAUAAAUAUGCCUCUCCUUUGUAUAUUAUUUCUAGGAAGAAUUUUAAAAAUGAAUCCUACACACCUAAGGGACAUGUUUUGAUAAAGUAGUAAAAAUUAAAAAAAAAAAGAAAACUUUACUAAGAUGACAUUGCUAAGAUGCUCUAUCUUGCUCUGUAAUCUCGUUUCAAAAACACAGUGUUUUUGUAAAGUGUGGUCCCAACAGGAGGACAAUUCAUGAACUUCGCAUCAAAAGACAAUUCUUUAUACAACAGUGCUAAAAAUGGGACUUCUUUUCACAUUCUUAUAAAUAUGAAGCUCACCUGUUGCUUACAAUUUUUUUAAUUUUGUAUUUUCCAAGUGUGCAUAUUGUACACUUUUUUGGGGAUAUGCUUAGUAAUGCUAUGUGUGAUUUUUCUGGAGGUUGAUAACUUUGCUUGCAGUAGAUUUUCUUUAAAAGAAUGGGCAGUUACAUGCAUACUUCAAAAGUAUUUUCCUGUAAAAAAAAAAAAAGUUAUAUAGGUUUCGUUUGCUAUCUUAAUUUUGGUUGUAUUCUUUGAUGUUAACACAUUUUGUAUAAUUGUAUCGUAUAGCUGUAUUGAAUCAUGUAGUAUCAAAUAUUAGAUGUGAUUUAAUAGUGUUAAUCAAUUUAAACCCAUUUUAGUCACUUUUUUUUUCCAAAAAAAUACUGCCAGAUGCUGAUGUUCAGUGUAAUUUCUUUGCCUGUUCAGUUACAGAAAGUGGUGCUCAGUUGUAGAAUGUAUUGUACCUUUUAACACCUGAUGUGUACAUCCCAUGUAACAGAAAGGGCAACAAUAAAAUAGCAAUCGUAAAGCAAGAAUAUGGCAGAACCAGAUCUGUAAGCACAGUCUUAUUUUCUUUUGUUGUCCAGAAUACUUAUAAUUCUUGAGCCUCCCAGAAAUUGGAAGCUAAAUAAAGCAACUCAAGUUUCCUUUA